UUACACUUCAGAAACCUGAUAUGCUUAUUAGACAGUCAUCUCUCUCUCCUCCCCGCGUAAGCUUUCAAAACAUUAGGCAGAAAGCAAGUCUGCUAGGGGACUUGCAAAGUGGCUACUCUGAUCUGUGAUGUUUGAAUGCUGAUUCUGUAACCUAAGUAAUGUGAAAAAAUUAGUUGUUUUCCCUCCUUUUCUUACUCAAGUUCCCUACAGUAGUAUUUGCACUCUAUGUUUCACAAUUGAAAGAGUAAUAGCUUUUGGCUUGCUUUUUGUGAGCUAGUUCAUCUGCACGCAGCUGAGCUGAAAUAUGACUAGUACAGCUAGUGCUCCUUUAAAACAGACAUUUUUUUUCUUUCUUAUGAACUGCUAGUGGUUCAUGAAUCUAUUUCUUUUUUAUUCUCUGCACUUAUGCAGUUAACUUGUAAUUACAUUGCUUGUUCAGAAAUGGUAACAGGAUUUCUUAACCCAUGAAUUAAAAAGGAAAACUUUAGUUGAAACGUACGUUGCACGCUGCUUAAAGGUUUGAUACAAGCAGGCCUUCCCAAACCUGCAGAAGUUUGUGUGUGUGAGAUAACAGAGGAAUGCCUCAGCUCUGAUUUACAGAGAGACUGAUGUUCGUCACAUGUUCAUGGACAAUCUUAUGUUGUUGCUACUUUAAUUUUUCUAGGAUAAAUGGGUGUAUAUGACUUUUCCCCUCAUCUAAAGCAGUUCCAUGUCUUGUUUGGACUGUUCCUGUAUUCUACGUACACCAGUUGAGUCACUCAGACCAGAAAAGCAAUCUCAGAGCAGCAUCCAUGAAUGCCUGGCUGAUUCUGAACUAGCCUGGAUUCCCCCAUCUACAGGAGAGAAUGAAAUGAUAUUUUGUUCUUCCAAUGUCUCUCACUAUGAACUCCAGGUGGAAAUAGGAAGGAGAUUCAACAACUUAACUUCAGUCUACCUUGCACGGCAUACACCUACAGGCAUGCAAGUUGCUGUAAGGAUCACAGACCUAGAAAGUUGCUCUGAAGAGCAUUUGAAAGCCUUACAGAAUGAGGUGGUUUUAUCCCACUUUUUCCAGCAUCCCAACGUAAUGACGUUUUGGACUGUGUUUACAGCUGGUAGUUGGCUUUGGGUCAUUUCUCCAUUCAUGGCCUAUGGUUCUGCUAGACACCUGCUGAAGACUUACUUUCCUGAAGGAAUGAGUGAAGCUUUGAUAGGGAACAUUUUGUUUGGUGCAAUCAGAGGAUUAAAUUACAUGCACCAGAAUGGCUACAUUCACAGGAAUAUUAAAGCUAGCCACAUUCUGAUUUCAGGGGAUGGACUGGUUUCUCUCUCUGGUUUAAACAAUUUAUACAGUUUAGUUAACAAUGGACAAAAGUCAAAGGUGGUAUAUGAUUUCCCCCAGUUUAGUACGUCUGUACUUCCUUGGCUGAGUCCUGAACUACUGAGACAGGAUUUGUCUGGGUAUAACAUGAAGUCUGAUAUUUACAGUGUGGGAAUCACAGCAUGUGAAUUAGCCAAUGGACAUGUUCCAUUUCAAGAUAUGCCUCGCACUCAGAUGCUGCUGCAAAAACUGAAAGGUCCUGCAUAUUGUCCUUGGGAUAUAAAUACCUUCCCCCAUGGGGAAUCCAGGAUGAAGAAUUCCCGAUCAGGUGUUGAUUCUGGAAUUGGUGAGAGUAUGACACGCACAAUGACCAGUGAAAGACUAAAAAUUCCCUUUUCCAAAACGUUUUCCCCUGCUUUCCACAACUUGGUAGAACUUUGUUUGCAACAGGACCCCGAGAAAAGGCCAUCAGCAAGCAGUUUGCUUUCGCAUACGUUCUUCAAGCAGAUAAAAGAACAAACACAGAGCUCACUACUGUCCCUGUUACCGCCUCCUAUUCAAAAUAGUAGAUCAGAGCUCUUGGCACUGCCCUCAGCAACAGCUGGGAUUGAACUUGGAUGCAUUACUACAAAUCAACAUGAAACAGACUGGGAAUUCUAAGCAGACACCAAACAAUCAUACCUCUCCUGUGCUUCAAAUAAGGAAAAUGUGAUUUCUACUUGCUGCUUUACUUUGUAUGGUUAAAAUACGAUUAGACGAGGUAUACCUGAAAAUGCAGUUGAAGUGGCCAUAUUUCAUUAACUUAAUCCCAUCUGGGCAUCACGAAGUGCAGUACACCUCACUUUCUCUGACCACAAGGAAAACUGUAUAUAGAGAAUGACUGACCUCUUAUCUCCCUCCUUCCAAAUAUUUCUUUAAAAAUGCAGCAGGAGCCCUCUUAUUUGUUGUCUAUAAUGCAUUUUUUUUAGCUCACAUUACUGCAGAUCAAUUGCCUUUCUGAAUGCAAGGCUUUGUUUUUUGUCUACAGCCUUCCUUCAACAAUCUACUUGUCUUUUCAUUAUCACCCAAAUGAUAUGAUAGUAAGGAGGAAUCCUCUACUGCAGAAAUUAGCUGAUGAUACGAAAAAAAAAAAUUUCUCACACCUCCCAGAAGACAUUUUUCUCACUUGACAUGCUGUCAAUACUUGCCAGUUUAGCAGUCCAUCAAGUCUUUCCUGCAAUUUUAAUAUUGCAUGUUGCCCAAAGAAGCUACUUGAAAAUGACUCAUACUCUUGCAUUUGUCUACAGUUUUAGUACAAAUUUGUGCUUUUGCAUCUGCAUUUAUUGAUGUCUUAAAAAAAAAGAUAUAUCCUCACUACAUUUUAGGAAAAAGUUCUGUCCCAAAGUACCUAUUACUGACUAGUUCUGACAGAAGUGAAAGUGUAUAGAUACAGAAUGGAUACAUUUUGAGUUUUUAACUUAUACAACAUUCCACUGUUAAGUACUUGAAUCUUACACAGCUGGGCUUAUCUGCAACCAGCCUUGAGAAUACUUCUGCUUUGCCAGCAGCUUCCCUGCAAAGCCUUCAAGGCAAAAUGACCAGAAGUCAAGCCUGAGAUGCAUGAAUUUCUAAAUGACCACACUGAAGUAUUAAUAAAAAAAAAAAUCAAUUCUACUCACUAUGCUGUGAAGAGAGCUCUCAUAAUUCAAAACAUAAUAGGUAAAACUAAAAUUAAGAACCUUUCAA